AUGGACCUGUGGGACGCGAGCCUGGCCGGCCUUCUGGGGAGCAUCAUCGGCCUGUCGCUGCUGUCCAACGCCCUGGUGCUGAUCUGCUUCCUGCGCAGCGCCGACAUCCGCCGGCAGGUGCCGGGGCUCUUCAUCCUCAACCUGACCUGCUGCAACGUGCUGGUGACCGUCGUGAACAUGCCGACCCUCACCGGGGUCAUCUCUCGGCAGCAGCCCACGGGAGACCAGCUGUGCCGCGCCGUGGGCUUCCUGGAGACCUUCCUGACCACUAACUCCAUGCUGAGCAUGUCCGCCCUGAGCCUGGAUCACUGGGUCGCCAUGGUCUUCCCACUGCACUACCAUGCCAAGAUGUGCCCCCACGAUGCAGCGGCCAUCCUGGGCUACACGUGGCUACACUCACUCUGCUUCCCUGGAGCCGCCACCACCUGCUCCUGGCUGGGCUUCCACCAGCUCUAUGCCUCCUGCACCCUGGGCAGCAAGUUGCCAGAGGAGCAUGCCGCCUUCGGGGUCUUCACCGGGCUCUUCCAUGCCCUCAGCUUUCUCCUCUCCCUGUUUGUCCGAUGCUUCACCUCCCUCAAGGUGCUCAAGGUGGCCCGCUGCCACUGCAAGCACAUCGACGUGAUCACCAUGCAGACCCUCAUGCUGCUGGUGGACAUCCAUUCCAGUGUGAGAGAAUGCUGCCGAGAUGAACAAAAGAGGCGGAGGCAAAGAGCAACCAAGAAAAUCAGUAUCUUUAUUGGUACAUUUGUUUUGUGUUCUGCACUAUACAUCAUCUCCAAAAUGGUAAGAUUGGUAUCCACCAUCCACAAUGAUUCUUACUGGGGAAUACUCUCAAAGUGCUUGACUUACAGCAAGGCCGCAUCAGACCCUUUUGUGUACUCUUGAUUGCGAUAUCAGCACAAGAAGACCUGGAAGGAUAUCCUGAACAGGAUCCUCAAAAAGAGUUCCAUCAAUUCUUCAGGUCUCCCAGGUAAAGCCUACAGUCAGAAUAUUUUACAAAUCAGUGAGUAA